AGUCCACCGGAAGCCCUUAAAGGGAUUGCCGGAAGCUGCUGUUGUUGACGAUCGGACAUUUUUCGAGGAUCGUGAGCUUGGUCUUUUAUUUUAAAUAAAUUUAAUACAGCUGUGUAUUUGUAGCAAAGUCGGCACAAAUCCUAAUACAAAUCCUUCAGUGUUGCCGAGCCCAAAGCUGGGCUAGCAUACGUUAGCCUAGCAUCAACUAUCUACAGCUAGUUAGCCUUAGCUUGUGUCAGUCGGCUAACUCACAGCAACUCAAACCCAGCGGAAUUUUCUAUAAAACCAAACACUAAGAUUUUGAGCCAUGGCUGUUGUCAACGAGGGCGCCCUGAAGAAGAUGCUUAAGCAAUAUAAAUACAGAGAUUUGACUGUUCGUGAGAUUACUAAUGUCAUCUCUAAUUACAAAGAUCUAAAGCCAGUCAUGGAUGCGUAUGUGUUUAACGAUGGUUCUUCAAGGGAUUUGAUGAGUUUGACAGGAACAGUUCCAGUAAGUUACAGAGGUAAUGUCUACAACAUCCCAGUGUGUUUGUGGUUGCUGGACACAUAUCCCUACAACCCACCCAUUUGCUUUGUCAAACCUACAAGUGCAAUGAUGAUCAAAACUGGAAAGCAUAUUGAUGCCAAUGGCAAGAUCUAUCUGCCUUAUCUUCAUGAAUGGAAGCAUCCUCAGUCAGACCUCUAUGGGCUGAUCCAGGUGAUGAUUGUGGUGUUUGGAGAGGAACCCCCAGUGUUUUCACGCCCCACCACACAGGCUCCAUACCAGGCCUUUCAAGCGGCUGGACCUCCCAACCCUUCUUACAUGCCUGGAAUGCCUGCUGUGUCUCCUUACGGCCCAAAUCCCAACCCAGGAGGAUAUCCAGGCUACCAGUAUCCAGGAGGAAACUCAUACCCCGCCUCUACUGGCCAAGGACAUUACCCGACUCAGACCCCAGUCUCAAAUGUUGGGCCAAACAGAGAUGGCACCAUUGGGGAGGACACAAUUCGUGCAUCUCUCAUCUCUGCUGUGAGUGAUAAACUUCGCUGGAGGAUGAAAGAGGAAAUGGACAGAGCUCAGGCAGAACUAGAUGCUUUGAAGAGAACAGAGGAGGAUCUGAAGAAGGGCCAUCAAAAACUUGAAGAAAUGGUAUCAAGACUUGACCAGGAAGUGGCUGAAGUGGACAGAAACAUAGAGCUGCUGAAGAGGAAGGAUGAGGAGCUGACCGAGGCCUUAGAGAAGAUGGAGAACCAGUCAGAAAACAAUGACAUUGAUGACGUCAUUGUGCCCACUGCACCACUGUACAAACAGAUCCUUAACCUCUACGCUGAAGAAAACGCCAUUGAAGACACAAUUUUCUACCUGGGCGAGGCUCUGCGCAGGGGCGUCAUAGACUUGGAGGUUUUCCUUAAGCACGUUCGACUUCUUUCCAGAAAGCAGUUCCAGCUCCGUGCCCUUAUGCAGAAAGCGAGAAAGACAGCUGGCCUCAGUGAUCUCUACUGACCCCACUUUUUCUCUUGUCCUUCUCUAUAUUUGGGAAUUUUCUAUACGUCAGUCAUCAUAAUUUAAUUUGUCUCUUUUGUAAAUCCUAGCUGUCAAAGUAGGUGUUUCAUAGUACAGUCUGUUGUUUUUGGACAUUUGAUUUUUGAGUUUGACCCCAAAGCAAAAAAAAAAAAUAUCCGGAUGAUUCAUUGUUGGCUGUGGAAUUAAGUAUCCAUAUAUAUGAUUUGUAUUAAGAUUUUGCUUGUUAAAUCAAAUGAUUCAAAGAUGGCUGCAGCAAAGCCUCAUAAGCAAAUACAGAAGUCAGAAAGUUUGGUGGACAUGGACAGUAUCCAAGGGUGUUUUUACAUAAGCCUAUUAACACCCAUGCAGUGACCAACAACGUCCCACUUUUUACUGGCACCCACCAAUAUUUUGCAAGCUUGCAGAAUAUGCCAAAUUUUAGUGUACAUCUCCAGAAUGAACAUGUAUUUUCUAUACUGCUACUUUUUAUGUUCCAUCUCUUUUCCAUGUUGUUUGUCUGAACUUCUUCAUGAGACUGGGGUUUGUGCAGGUACAAGUUUUAACUAUUGUAUUAAUCCAGACAUUAAUUUAUGUUUUCAGAAGGACUUUCUUAAUUUAGCCUUUUACUAAAUGCACUUUGAACUGUAUUAUAGAUUAUCUGUUUAUUACUUUCUGACACCCAUACAAAACAUUUAUAUUUCUCUAGAUUUAUGUUAAAUAAAACUUCUGCCCUAAA